AUGGCGCAGAACCUGAAGGACCUGGCGGGGCGCCUCCCGACAGGCCCCCGCGGCGUCGGCACCGCGCUUAAGCUGCUGCUGGGCGCUGGUGCCCUGGCCUAUGGCGUGCGAGAGUCCGUCUUCAUUGUGGAGGGCGGCCAGCGCGCCAUCUUCUUCAACCGCAUUGGCGGCGUGCAGCAGGACACCAUCCUGGCCGAGGGGCUGCACUUCAGGAUCCCCUGGUUCCAGUAUCCCAUCAUCUACGAUAUCCGAGCGCGGCCGCGGAAGAUCUCCUCCCCCACUGGUUCCAAAGACCUGCAGAUGGUGAACAUCUCCCUGCGCGUGCUGACGCGGCCCAACGCGGCCGAGCUGCCCAGCAUGUACCAGCGCCUGGGGCUGGACUACGAGGAGCGCGUCCUGCCCUCCAUCGUCAACGAGGUGCUCAAGAGCGUCGUGGCCAAGUUCAACGCCUCGCAGCUCAUCACGCAGAGGGCACAGGUGUCUCUGCUCAUUAGGAGAGAACUGACAGAGAGAGCCAAGGAUUUCAGCCUCAUCCUGGAUGAUGUGGCUAUCACAGAGCUCAGUUUCAGCCGUGAAUACACAGCUGCUGUGGAGGCUAAGCAAGUGGCCCAGCAGGAGGCACAGCGUGCCCAGUUCCUGGUGGAGAAGGCCAAGCAGGAGCAGAAGCAGAAGAUAGUUCAGGCCGAGGGGGAAGCAACAGCUGCCAAGAUGAUAUCCUGCUUUGGAGAUUUUAAGGGCUGUGGCUUCUGGCUGGAACAAGGUUUGUCUGAGAUUACAGGCAGAGCAGAGGAGGCCGUGGGCCUGCGCUCCUUGUUGCAAAGUUUGACCUUUAUUGGCUGUGUGUGA